AUGUUUUCUAGUUAGGAAAGUAUAAAUUAAAAAGACAUAAGUGACUUUGCAAGCUAGCUAAUCGUUCAAAACCCUCACUACAAAAAUUUGAAAAUUAUUAAUAAUGAAAAAGGUUUAAUAGAAAAAUUGAGGAACCAAACUUUCAUAUUUAGAUUGUAAGAUGAUCAAUUAAAGGUCGAGAAAUAAAUAAAUGCGAUCAUUUGUAAUAAUGAAACUAAAUCUGCUAUAGAUCAGAUAGUAGAUUUCAAAAAAUCAAUACAAAAACUGUACGGCUAUGAGUGCUUUUUAGAAGUUUAUGGUCAAUACUGGCUAGACAUCAAAACAGAAUCUUAGAGAUAUUUUGUUAUUGAGACAGAAGUAUACUCUUUUGAAGAUAUUAAUUAUGAAGAUAAAGAUAUCACUUUGUUUAUGUGCAACAUUCAAAAGCUUUUAAAUAAUCAGAUUUCUAAUAAACUAUUAAAUCAAAAAUUAGCUUUAUAAAAAAAUAUUUGUUAUUGCUUAGGAAAUAAUAACUCAUAAAAAGUAAAAUUAAAUAUAAUAGAUCCUUAAUUUAUUGAAGAGAAAGAAGAUGAUAUCAAAUCUGCUAGUGAAAGUGCUCAAAAUGAAUCUCAGAACAAACUGAAGAAAGUAGAAUUAUCAAGAACUUUUGUAGCUGUAUCUAGAUUUGAGGAGUAUUUCAACUAAAAUUAUUCUGAUUUCUCACAGUAAUACUCUCCAAUCAUAGAUUUUUUAAAAUAAGAAAUAAAAAAUAAGAAUAUUUCUUACCUUAAAAUUUCUACUUUAAACAGACAAGAGAUUAUAUUGAAGUCUUUAAAUCAACUACAUGAAAAGUAGGUGAGUUAAAUCUUUUAUCUUGAUGAUAGCUUAGAUCUAAAAAAAGACCAGUUUUAAUUUCUACAAGAAAUUGCUUGUAAGAAUUUUAAUUCAGAUUUUUAGUUUGUUGAAAGGAAAGUAGAUGAAGCAUGCUUUUUUAUAGUUAGAUUUAGAAACUUUAAGCAAAAUAUUUUGGCUUUAAAAAAUAAUUAAUAAAUUUCACAAAACAUAGUAGAUAUUUCCAAGAUAAUUAAUCAUUUAUAUGAUUUGUAUUAAAUUAAUAGAUUUUUGAAGUUGCAUUUAAAGAAAAAUAUUAAUAAAAUAAUUGAAGCAAUUUAAAAUUUUAAAUCAAUUUAUGCUCAAUAGUUUAAAUUCUUUCGAUCCAGCAAAAUUUAAAAUCCCAUUUAAAUUAUUUAAGAAGAUAUCUAAUUGCUUAAUAAGUUAUUUAAUCAACCUGAACAGUAAAUUGUUUAAUUUUUUAAUUCUGAAUACCGAAAUAAGAGAGAAAUUUAUUACAAAAGUUUGAAUGAUUGCCAUUAGAAAAUAAAUGCUGCAAUAAUUCUAGAAAAUGAAAGCAAUCAUGUAAAAAUAAAUAAAAAAUUUGAAGUCUAACUCGAAUACUAUAAACUGAUCAAAGACGAAAGUGUAUUAAGUUAAAUUGAUAUUUUAAAGAUAAAUUUAACUAAUUAUUAAAAGACUAAUCAAUAAUUCAUAUAAAUCUACAAAUGCCCUCACAUAAAAUCUCUAAAAUUAUAUGACUUUAUUAAUUUUUCAUUUGAAAUAUCUCAUAACUUUAGCAAUAUCUUAUUUAACCAAAAUAUUCUGUCAAAUUUACAAGAUGCUCCUUUUUGGGAAUCCCUCUAAAGCAUUUCAAUAGUAUAAAAUAUGACUAAUAAAUAUGAUGUAUGCAGUUCUAUUUUAUUUUACAUUGCUAUAAAAAGUUAAUUGGCUAGAGUAAAGUGCCUUAAGCAGCUCAAAAUAAAUUUUACACCAUUUUUGAGUGAAGUUAAUGAUGAUUUGUGCUUAUUUUUAUUACAACAUAAAAAUGAUAAAUCAAACAUUCCUAAUAAUUCUCUACAAAAAUAGUAUGAGGAUUAACACAUUUAAACACAUAAAUUAUUUGAAUAACAACAACAAAAAUAACAACAACAACAACAAUAACAACAACAACAACAAUAGCAAUAAUAAUCACAAUAGCAUUUGCAUCAAUAAUUAAAAAAUAGCUUAUUUUUAAAUGAUUAGAACAUCUAAACAAAAAAUAUCUUUUAAGUACAAGAAUAAUAAUAGAAAUAAGAAGUAAAUAUUAACAAUUCACUGUUCUAAAAUUCAGCAAAUAAUAUAUUUUCUCAAGGAUAAGAGCAAAAAAAUAUAUUUAAUCAAUCGAAAGUAUCAAAUAAUAUUGAAAGCUUAUAAACUUAAAAUGGUCCAUAAUUUUAAUUAAAUAAUUUAAAAUCUUUCAUUUAAGAAAAAUAAAUGAAACUAGAAAAUACUUAGCUUCCAAAUUUUAAUACUUUUGAAUUAAAGACUAGAGAAAAAUAAAAUGACAGCCAAAUUAAUAGUAGUUUAUUUGAGAAUAAAAACAAAUAUGUGUUUAAAGAAAAUGAGUAUAAAGACGACAAAGGAAGAAAAAAAAAAUUAAGAAAUUUCCUUUAUGAAGACAAAAAAGAUGACAAAUAUAAUGAAGAAUAUAAAAAGUAUUAAAUGUAGUAAACAUUUAUAAAAUAUUAUUUGAGGAAACAAGUUACAAAUUACUCCAUCAAAGAAAAUAUGCUUAUCUAUGAGUAUGAAAGUGAACAUUUUUAAUAAUUAGGAAGACUAAAAGUUGUAUCAUAGAUUGAUAAUACUAAGCAGGACGUUUUAUCAUUCGAGUGUGACAAUAGAGAAAAGCUUGAUUGUCAUUUAAUUAUGAGUGAAAAGCAAGAUUUUGAUUAAUUUCUUGUAGAUAAUUGGUAAAUUUUUUCAAUUUAAUCUGAAGUUUUCAAAAAAUUAAUUGGAUAGAGCUACAAACCAGGAUGUUGUCACUAUUAAUUCAAUUUAUUAAUAGGAUAGCUAUACAAAUAGUAGCAACAUCUAGAGCAUCUUUGCUUAAGUAUAUCUAUUUGCGAUUAUAUGAUUUAAAAUAACUGUUUUUAGCUCUAAUUUGACGCUCAGUUGCAUAAUAAACUUAGAAGCUUAGUUUUAGUUAUAGAUAAAAAUUAUUCUUUUUCUAAAUAAAAUUUAAUUGAAAAAUGUAUAUUUCAGCAAAUAAAACAUUUAGAAAAUUUAAAUAUCCUAAAGCUUAAGAUUGAAAAUGUUGAACAAUGUUAAAAUACUAUGAAAAAAUUAAAAAGACUAGUAAUCCUUACCAAAUGA